CGCGACCGAUACAUUGCUAGCUCUCACUGUCGCGCACAUACCGAGAACAUGGCGGACGUACUGGAGCUUCACGAAGCGGGAGGCGAGGACUUUCCUAUGGAUGAGGAUGAAAGCAUCCACAAGUUGAAGGAGAAAGCCAAAAAGAGGAAAGGACGAGGCUUUGGUUCUGAUGAAGGCGCCAGAUCCCGAAUGAAAGAGGACUAUGACACCGUGGAGCAAGAUGGCGAUGAGCCAGGCCCUCAGAGAUCUGUGGAGGGCUGGAUCCUGUUUGUGACGGGCGUGCAUGAGGAGGCCACGGAAGAAGAUGUUAACGAUAAGUUCUCAGAGUUUGGAGAGAUCAAGAACCUGCACCUUAACCUGGAUCGCAGAACAGGCUACCUCAAGGGCUACGCUCUCGUCGAGUUUGAGACGUACAAAGAGGCCCAGGCCGCCAUGGAAGGCCUCAACGGCCAGGACAUGAUGGGCCAGCCUAUCAGCGUGGAUUGGGGCUUUGUCAGAGGGCCCCCGAAGAACAAGAGGAGGACCGGUGGACGCCGACGCAGCAGAAGCCCCGACAGGCGACGGCGUUAAAGGUGUCCUUGACGGGACACUAUGCCAUCUUCUCAAAGAAUAUUGUUUGGUAUUUUCCCCUUUUUUUACGUGUCUCUUGAUCUCAAUUGAUGAGAUGAGAGGACAACUUGAAAGUAUAAGUUGGCUUAAAAAUUCAGCAUCAGCAAUUUUUUGUAUUUUGCUAACUGUAGUAAGCACCAGAAGGAUCUGCAUAUAACCAUGUCGGUUAAACAUUGGUCAUACAUGUUGUGACUUUUCAUUCCCUGUUAAUCCCUCUCAUGCGUGUGCGUUUUAUUGUUUUUGUUUUGUAUGACUUGGGCAACAUUAAACCUUUUAAAUGGACAA